GGUGGGUCACUGAGGAGGGGCUACGCUAGAACUAAUUUUUUGGGGUCUACGGGAUGAUUAGAAAAUGUCUAAGUCCCAGAGAGGCCAGAUCGCAGCCGGAGCUGAUAUCAACGUGGAUUUGCAUACGCCGAAUCGCGAUUGUCCGGACCAACUUAAAGUAAACAAAUAAUAGUAAUCGCUCCUCACCAGCGACAGAAACCGGUCUGCCAGUGAGAUAGACACACAGAUUGAGUCAGAGGCUUCGGAUUCUUGGGAAAAGUGCUAAAAUCGAGGAUUCAAAAUGUCAGGAUUGUGCAUUGGAAUCCUUCUGCUCAUUGGUUUUGGAUGCACCACUGGCUACAAGAUCCCCACACCGACUGUGGAGCUCCUUGAGACUGGAUUCAGCGUUUCUAUACCGGAUGAAGAGGGCGUGAAAGUGGUGGCCUUUAAUGUGAAUCGCAAUCGGAAUUUCACAUCCUUCAUCAACGAGGGACAGUACAACGUGAGAUUGACUGAACCCCAGAACGGCAGGUGGACGACCAACUUCAGUUCGGUUCCCUUGAGAGCCCAAGAUGUACUAUACCUUUGGACAAGUGUGCAGCACCAAAAGGCAGUGUACCAAGAUCUGGCGCAGCCCCUGCCAGUCUGCAAUCUCGGCGGAGAGUAUCGGCCCAAGGGAUGUUCGCCCGGUGAUGACGACUUUACGGAUGACAAUCAGCUAAGUACUGAGGGCAGUGCUUUGGAACCCACCGCUCCCUCCGUCUGUGAACCUUCUGAAACACAGGUUUCGCCGCAAAUUGGUGUUUCCAUAUGUAAAGGACAACUUCUGUUUGAGGAGACCUUUGAUCAGCUAAAUGAAUCUCUGUGGAUACAUGAUGUUCGCCUGCCCCUGGACUCCAAGGAUGCAGAGUUCGUCUUGUACGACGGAAAGGCCAAAGUUCACGAUGGCAACCUGGUGAUUGAGCCGCUUCUUUGGUCCAGCUAUCGCCCGGAUCUCUCCAUAGCAAACUCCAGGCUCGAUCUCUCAGAGCGUUGUACCGGAACGCACAACAGAAAUAAGGAGUGUAUCCUACAUUCCACGGGCAGUGGACCCAGUGGAAUAAUGCCACCAAUUGUUACACCCCGAGUCAGCACCAAGGACACCUUUGCCUUUCAAUACGGACGCAUUGAGAUCCGAGCCAAGCUACCAAAGGGGGAUUGGAUAGUACCACUCCUACUACUCGAACCCCUCACCGAAUGGUACGGGCAAUCGGGCUACGAAUCCGGACAGCUGCGAGUGGCCCUGGCCAGGGGUAACUCCGUGCUGCGGAUGCCGCGCGGAAAGCUCGUCGACGGUAGAUCUCUAUACGGAGGACCCGUACUCUCCACGGAUGCCCACCAAAGGGAGGACUUGUGGCUGAGCAAGCGAAAGAUAUCCCAUUUCGGCGAUGACUUCCACACCUACAGCUUGGAUUGGAGCAGCAAUAGACUGCUCUUCUCCGUGGAUGGUCAGGUCUAUGGAGAAAUGCUGAAUGGUUUCACUGAACUGGACGAGAAUCCCAGGUGGAAGCAGGGUGGUCCCAUGGCUCCGUUCGAUAAAAUGUUUUACAUUUCGUUGGGCGUCUCUGUGGGCGGAUUUGGUGACUUUGUGGACCAUCUUCGCACCGCCACUUAUGAGAAGCCUUGGGCCAACUACCAUCCCCAGGCGAAGCUGCAGUUCCACCAGGCCCAAGAUCAGUGGCUACCGACAUGGAAACAGCCCGCCUUGAAGAUCGAUUAUGUUCGAGUCUUCGCCAACUGAUAACUUAAAUCCAUGAUAUAUGUAGAUGUUUAUAUAAUUACAUAUAAGUGAACGUGCCGAUCGAAAUCUAUAGAUCUAUAAAUAAAUAAAGCUCCGAGAGAAACUCA